UGCACUAUUAUUUGUAUUAUUAAAGAAAAUAAUACUUAAAAUGGACCCAUCCACCCCCACCUCUAGUAAAAUGACCCAUGUUGGGUCACCAUCCCCCUCACCACCAAUUAUUAAGAGGAUGAAAUGGGAAAGUGAGGUAAAGAACGGAUGUACGAUUCUUAUGACAGGUCUAGCGAAGUCGGGGAAGACCACGAUUUCGAAGGCCCCUACUGAAAUGCUCAAAUCCAACAAGGUUCCCGUCAAAGAGAUAGAUGGAAAGUAUUUGAGGGCUGGUCUCUGCAAAAAUCUUGAUUUUGAGGAAGAGAAGGAUAGGUCGGCGUUUGUUCACUUGGCUAGUGAACACGCAAAAGGGUUCACAGAAGAAGGGUUUGUGUCCAUCAUUUCCAUUGUGGCUCCAUUACAUGAGGACAGACAGACAGAAUUGGUGCUGGAGAGUUGGACGACGAAGGGGAUAGCGUCCCAAAAUUCAAACUACCAAGAAAGAGUGAUAUCCGAACAAUAUUCGACUAUGUGAAAAGUGUCCUUGUUCAAAAAGGUUUUGUUGGAAAAGAUGAAGAAAUCGACAAACAUCCCUUAUUUUCUGAACUAAUGGAGGAAUGGAGGACUCACUAUAAUACUCAUAAAGCAGGAGGAAUGGAAAAGUUUUACCCUGUCAAACUGCGUAAAACAAGUCAGAGAAGAUCUGACACACCUACAACAACCCCAACCAAAGGUCCCAAGGCCCCAAAAAAAGGUGGUAAAACCCCUACCAAAGGUGCUAAAACCCCAGAAAAGGAUGAGUGGGACGAGUUCAUCCCUUUGUAUUGGAACGGAUCAACGUUGUGUUACGGCUAUAUGAACCUAGGCUUCCCUAACCUCAAAAAAUGCAAGCAAUGUUGGUCGAAGUCAACAUCGAUGGGUUAUUUGUGUAAUAGCCAUUCAACAAACCGAUUGCAGCAUUUCGCCGUUUUGCAUGACACCAAUGAGAAAACCAUCCAUUAUCAUGCUGCGUUAUGUUAUCCGAGUGUGGAUAAAAAAGAAUGGACAAACAAGUUGUUUGAAACGUCUGCUCACAACACGAGAGGAGUAGAGGGAUAAACUUAACUCAUCCUAAUGCCAAUUUCUCCCCUAUUUAUGAAAAAUCUAUUCUGCUCUCUUCCCCGGAACGACUUCCAACCAUUCAUUCCAUGACAUUGUCAGUUUCGCUCAUCACACUAUUCAGAAACAUGGAAAGAAUUGAGUCUGACGCCCCCAUCAAACCGCAUUCGUUCCUUCAUAAACAGUUAUACAUGGACAACGCUAAUUUGGCAGCGGUGGAAAAGAUUUUGGAAGGGAAUGGAGUGACUUUCACCGUGGGAAAUGAUGAUGAUGAUAGCAGUUCCUCGUUAAUCAACAAAGAUCGAUAUUGCUCAAAACUGCCUAGAAUCUAUUGUGGAGUUGAACCCAACAACAAAGUCAAUGUUGGAUUAAAAACGUCCAGGGUUGGGGAGGAGGAUCAUUCUAUUUAUACCCAUAGUGACCAAUUCAAAUCAGGACCCAUCUACCAAACCCCCCUGUCGGAUGAGCAGCUAGCGAUUGCAAAUAACAUUGACACAUCUAAAUCUUUUAAACAGUGGACGGAUCAGCAGAAGGAUGUAUUCGAUUUGGUGAAAGAAGAUUGCAUAAGGAAGGAGGGAUUGGGUCAUGCAGCUCUUGUUCUUGCAGAAAUGAAGGGUCAAUUCUACAAUGGCAUCCUCAUUCGAAGGGACAAUAAGAAACUUGAGCAUGUAGACACCAUUGAGACAGGGGACAGAGUUUUUGUACAGGCAGUUUUUAAUUUUUUAACGGGAAGGUCCCUUACUAUUUCAGUCGAGCAUACUGAUAAUUUGAAUUUCACGGAUGAGAUAUAAAUAAAGGCGUUGCAUUCAUUUGCUUUUAUAUGCCACUGAAAUGUAA